AUGAUCCACAUCAAAAACCUCAACGCAGCACCACCAAGACUGCAAAGACUUCUGCUAAGAAUUCAAGGGUAUGAUGUGAAGAUCAAAUACAAGCCAGGCAAAGAAAUGCUACUGGCAGACGCAAUGUCUCGUCUCCAUCCACUACCGGGAGCACCGGUAGAGACAGAAGAAAUACGAGUACACCAUGUUCAAUUCUCUGACCAAAAUGUGUCCAAGCUGCAAGAAGCAACAAAUGCCGAUGCAGAACUCGCAGCCCUUCGCGAGAUCAUACAGAAUGGAUGGCCAGACAACCGACAGAUGAUUCCAAAACCACUACGGAAAUACUGGGCAUAUCGGGACGAGCUGUCUUUUGAGAAUGGGCUUAUAAGGAAAGGCCAGAGGAUUGUCAUCCCCAAAGUGGAAAGACAAAACAUCCUCAACACCAUACACGAAGCACACCAAGGCAUAAUCAAAUCCCAGCUCAGAGCAAAGACAUGUGUCUUUUGGCACAACAUCAAUGAUGACAUUGAAGAGAUGACAAGGUCGUGUGACAUAUGUCAAUCCCAUGGCAAAUCACAACCAUCAGAACCUAUGAAACCACGUGUCUUACCAAAUCGACCAUGGCAGACAAUAGCUGCCAACAUCUUUUCCUAG